AUGCCUGCCUGCCUGGCUGUAUGUCUGCCUGUCUGUCUGCCGUCAUCUGCAUCUCUGCAUGCCUGUCUUCCUGUCUUCCUGUCUGCCUGUCUGCCUUCCUACCUGCUUAUGUACCCACGUGUGUUUCAUGUUCAUACACAUUUUACUUUCCGUCAUCUUAUUUACCCAAACAACGGACACAAUCUCAGGACAGUUUCUUCAAUUUAUUCCCAGGUUUUCCAGCGACGGACGGACGGAUCAGUAAAUUUCUACAGAACUUGGAAUGAAUACAGAGACGGAUUUGGAGAUUUGAACAAUGAGUUCUGGUUGGGCAACACAAACAUCCAUCGUAUAACCAGCCAGGGUUACUAUGAUCUGAGAAUUGACUUGGAAGACUUUGAAGGAAACACCACGUACGCUGUGUAUAAGAACUUCUCCCUGGCUUCACAGCAGGACUACUUCAGACUGAGUCUGGGCGAGUACAGCGGAAAUGCAGGCGACAGUUUCAGUGUGCACAGUGGGUACAGGUUCUCAGCAAAAGACUUUGAUCUGGAUCACAGUGGUGGGAAUUGCGCGGAAAAGUUCAAAGGAGCCUGGUGGUACACUUCCUGUCAUUUGUCAAAUCUAAAUGGCCUGUAUUUAAAUGGCAGCCAUUCCUCGCGUGCAGUCGGCGUCAACUGGAAGACUUGGCGUGGACACUACUAUUCUCUAAAGAGGACAGUGAUGAAGAUUAGACCAAUGGAAUUCUAAAAUAACCGUGGAGACUAGACAUUGUUCUCUAAAGAGGACAGUGAUGAUGAAGAUUAGACCAAUGACAUUCUAAAAUAACCGUGGAGACUAGACAACAUUCUCUAAAGAGGACAAUGAUGAAGAUUAGACCAAUGCCAUUCUAAAAUAGCCAUGGAGACUAGACAUAAUGAUCUAAAGAAGACUGUGAUCAAGAUUAGACCAAUGGAAUUCUGAGAUAACUAUUACUAAAACGAUCUGGCCCUUGAGAUUCAGAAAUAAAAGUUAUGAUGCUAAGAUCCGUCAAAUUAUAAAAUAAUUAUUAUGAUGGUUCGAAGCACGAACUUGAAAAACAUUCGUUAUGAAUAUUAGACACAUAUCAUUUGAAAAUAACAGCUACGAAGAUUAGAUGUACGACAUUCUAACAUAACUGCUAUGAACGUCAGGCAUAUGGAAUUCUAAAAUAACCGUUAUGAACGUUAGGCAUAUGGAAUUCUAAAAUAACCACUAUGAACGUUAGGCAUAUGGAAUUCUAAAAUAACCGUUAUGAACGUUAGGCAUAUGGAAUUCUAAAAUAACCGUUAUGAACGUUAGGCAUAUGGAAUUCUAAAAUAACCGUUAUGAAUGUUAGGCAUAUGGUAUUCUAAAAUAACCGUUAUGAACGUUAGGCAUACGGAAUUCUAAAAUAACCGUUAUGAAUGUGUAUCUGAUCGGCCUCGUGUUUGUACUAGAUCUUAAUUUUAUUUCUGAUUAUAUAUGUGAACACACGAUGCUUAUAAACUACACUGAAUACUUUAUUGUUGUUAUUGGUGUAUAUAAACGAUAAUAUAUAAUCUUUGUGUUGCUUUUUUUUUUUUUUAAAACGUUUAUUAAUGUUACGGGUUUCAUUCAAUUAUCUCCAU